AUGAGUUUCCUGUUCGGCGGCGCGAACGCGAAGACUUUCAAACCGAAAAAGCAGAUCGCGGAAGGAACUCAUCAGUAUGACCUCAUGAAACGCGCGGCGGCCACUUUAGGCGCCGGGAAUCUCAGACAAGCCGUCGCCCUUCCUGAAGGAGAAGACCUCAACGAAUGGAUCGCCGUCCACGUCGUCGACUUCUUCAACCAAAUCAACAUGCUGUUCGGCACCAUCACCGAGUUCUGCACCGAAGAGUCCUGUGCAGUCAUGGCCGCGGGCCCCAAGUACGAGUACCACUGGGCCGACGGGUUCACCGUGAAGAAACCCAUCAAAUGCUCGGCUCCCAAGUACAUAGAUUACCUCAUGACCUGGGUCCAAGACCAGCUGGAGGACGAGAACCUGUUCCCGUCGAAAAUCGGGAUCCCGUUCCCCAAGAACUUUUUGUCCAACGCCAAGACGAUUUUGAAGCGGUUGUUCCGAGUGUAUGCCCACAUUUACCACCAGCACUUCGAGCAAGUAGUGAGGCUCGGAGAAGAGGCCCACUUGAACACCUCUUUCAAGCACUUUAUAUUCUUUGUCCAACAAUUUGCGUUGAUUGAUCAUAAAGAAUUGGCGCCGUUGCGGGAAUUGAUCGACCGCCUAACUGGCAGAGAUCCGAGCAGGUGA